AUGCCCAUCGCGGAGCUCUUUCUUUGUGCCUUUCUUCAGGUGUUGUUCGAUAGGUUGACCUCUGUCGAGCUUCUCAACUUUGCCCGGCGCGAGGGGAUUGAUACGCGGUUGAAGGACUGGGAGCAGAUGCUGAAGAGUAUCCAAAAGGUGCUGGAUGAUGCAGAAGAUAAGCAACUCACCGAUCAAGCCUGGGUGAAGUUGUGGCUAGAAGAUCUUAGAAACUUGGCCUACGACAUUGAAGACUUGCUUGAUGAGUUCGUCAUAGAAUCCGUUGAAAGCAAGUCCAAGACAGGACCCAGCACUAGCAAGGCACAUUCCCUUCUUCCCAGUUGUUGCUUCAAAUUGAUCCCGAGAGAAUUCACGUUCAACCACGAAAUGAGAUCCAAGAUAGAAGAGAUGGAUGCCACAUUACGGGAGAUCACGAAGAGAAAAGAUAAUCUGAGCCCCAUAGAGAAUAACGGGAAGCAAUCAACAAACCACUUACCAGGGAUGCCGGGUCUUGGGAAGACGGCUUUGGCUCAGCAAGUCUUCAAUGAUGCUGGAGUCACCAGCUAUUUUGAUGCAAAGGCAUGGAAAGUACUAUGUGACUUGUUGUCUGAAUUCAAGUACUUGAGGGUGCUUUCAUUGAAUUACUAUGUCAUCAACGAGGUACCGGAUUGCAUAGGCAAAUUGAGGCACCUAAGGCACCUUAAUCUGUCACAUACUCAUAUUAGAUUGCUUCCAAAGUCAAUUGUUGCAUUGCACAACCUAGAAGCUUUGAUGUUACAAGGCUGUGAAUACCUCAUUGAAUUACCUGAAGGUAAUUUGGUGGGUCUUGAGAUGUUGUCGAAGUUUAUAGUGGGAAUAGGAAAUGGGUCGAGGUUGAAGGAGUUAAAAAACCUGGAGAACCUUAGAGGGGAAUUGUGCAUCUCUGAUUUGCAUAAGGUUCAAGAAGUCGAGGAUGCCAAUGAUGCCAAUUUACGCGUGAAGAAGGGAAUAUGCCGGUUGACCAUGCAAUGGAGUAUAGAUUUUGAAAUUUCCCGAAAUAUAGAUCUUGAAGGACAGAGGGUCAAAGCAUUACCAUUGCUUGGGCACCUACCUUCACUAGAAGAACUGUACAUCGAAGGUUUAAAUUCAAUAUGCACGGUAGGGUCUGAAUUUCAUGGAAGUAACAAUCCUUUUCCAUCCUUAUUAACUUUGGAAUUCAAGGGCAUGCUGAUAUGGGAGGACUGGUCUCAUUGCAUCGACACUGAAGAAGUUGGAGUUGUAUUCCCCCGUCUUGACCAUCUCGUCAUUCAGGAUUGCCCUAAGUUGAAAGCCUUGCCAUCUUUCAUUAGCCUUCCAUCUCUUAAUGAAUUAGAAUUCCAAGGUUGUAAUGAGGGGGUGCUGCAAAGUUUGGUAAGCUCAGCAUCUCUAACUGCUCUAACCAUAAAUGAUGUUGUUGAACUGACUUGCUUAAAUCAUGGACUCACAAGCUCCUUGAUCAAACUAGAGAAGUUGGAGAUUAGAGGGUGUACGAAGUUAAGAUAUUUGUGGCAAGAAGGAGAUGCAAUUCAGACUCUUCGUUGUUUGAAGAGCUUAGUUGUACACAGUUGUCCAAAAUUCAUAUAUUUUGUGGCUGAAGAAGGAGAUAUAGAGCUGCCUAGCAAUCUCGAGACUAUCGAAUUGAUGAAAUGCGUCAAUUUAGAGAAGCUUCCAAGCACAAUGCACACUCUCUCCUCUCUUAGAGACUUGACGGUCUAUGGCUGUCCAAAACUCGUAUCUUUCCCAGAAACAGGUAUACCUACAUCAAUGAUAUCAUUAGAUAUCAUGGACUGCAAGAUGUUGCGAUCUUUACCUAGAGGAUUUUUACCCACAACUCUCAAGAGACUUGACAUUUGUGACUGCGGGGGGUUGGAGUCGCUCACGGAGAUAAAUCUAGAUCCUCUUCAGUCUCUUCAAGAGAUUCAAAUUGUGUGUUGCGAGAAUUUGAGAAGCUUACCCCAAGGUCUGCACACGCUGUCUCAGCUCACUUCCUUGGUGUUGUCUGGCUGUCCUGCUCUGGAGGUAGAGUGCUUCCCUCCUCUUCCUCCCAGUAUCUUGGAAUUUUUUCUGUACAGCUGUCCGAAGAUAAAAUCGUUACCUAAUCAAUUGUAUCGGCUCACAUGUCUCCGAAAGCUGUCAAUUUGGAGGUGUGAGAGAUUCACGCGCUUCCCCGACGGAGGAUUGCCGCCCCAGCUAUGGGAACUUGAGGUGACUCAAUGUGAGAAUAUGAAGCAACCGGUGAGGGAGUGGCUCACCCCUCUCACCUCCCUUGGAAGGCUAAAUAUCGAUGGUAGUGCGGGAGGAGUGGGAGAGGAGGAGGAUCUUGUGCUUCCGCUCCCUUCCUCUCUGCUCCAUCUCUCUAUCCAUGAUAUGGGGAAAGUGGAAAGACUGUCCAGCAGUCUCCCUCCCUCUCUACAAAACUUAUGGAUCCAGUGUUGCCUGAAGCUGAGGGAGUUGCCCCAGGAUAGCCUCCCUCCCUCCCUUGAAGAACUCCUUUUAUACAAUUGCCCAAUUCUGGAGAAGCGGUGCAAGAAAGGGACCGGCUGCUAUUGGCCCCUCAUUUGCGAAAUCCCACAAAUUACAUUAGGCGUGUAUAUAGGCUGA